AUGCUCACCUCUGCUCCCUUCGUAGCAGACAAACUCAUCUCUCCAAAUGACCAAUACGGAAAUUACUACCCGACCGAUCCUAAAAACCUCAACCUGGAAUCGAACUUCGGACCCAUGCUCCCUGAGAAGGUCGGAUACCUCCAGCCUACAUCAAAGGACACUCCGAUAGAAGUCAUGAAGGAGCGAUUCAGCAAGGAUGGGUAUCUGUUUAUCAAGCACCUCCUACCACGGGACCAAGUCCUAGAAUGCCGUCGCAAAUACUUUUCUUACAUGGCACCUUCUGGGCUAUUAAAAGAAGGGUCAGACCCGAUCGAUGGAAUUUUUAGUGAAAAGGACAGCCGCAAGUUCCUGCCCCCAGGGAACCUCCGACGACUCUUCGGCCUCAAAGACGAUUACGAGUCGGAAAGGUAUCUAGAACUGAUGAUCAGCGCACAUGAAGCACCGUACUAUUUGCAGCUUUGUGAGAACGCAGAGCUGCGGGAGUUUGUUCGAAGACUCACUGGAUGGGAAGACAUCACCAUGCUGCAACGGACAAUGCUUCGUGCCUUUGUGCCCGACAGUGAAAUAACUCCUGUCCAUUUCGAUCAAAUGUAUCUUCGUGCGGGACCUCCAACCAGUCUCACUGCAUGGGUUCCAAUUGGAGAUAUCUCGCUGGAGGGCAGCGGAUUGAUGUAUCUGGAGGGAUCUACCGACAUUGGGCGGCAGACUGAGGCCGAGUUCACACGCAAGGCAACCAACUUGACGGAUGAGGAGCGUGUUUCAGCAUUCAAUAAGAACAUGAGUGACGGAGGGUCCUUGAGUCGUGAUACCGUGGCAUAUGGGGAAAAUGCUCAACGUAAGUGGCUGAUUACGGAGUACGAAGCCGGUGAUGUGAUCUUCCACGAUCCGUUCUUGGUGCAUGCCAGCUGCAAGAAUAAGGACCUUGAAAGACGGAUCCGGUUGGCCACGGAUCUGAGAUUCGUCGACUCCAACAAGCCCUACGACAAGCGUUGGAUGAAGGUCUGGCGGCCUCUUGAUGGUCUGUGA